UAUUGCAGUGUGGCUGUGAUUCUGCGCAUGUCCUGUAGGUGUCGCCGUGUUUCAGUGUGUUUGGAGGCGAUCAGACUGAUAAAUCCUCCAGAGUGAAAGAAAAGGAUCUCUCUCUCUCUUUCUCUCUCUCUCUCAUUCUCUCUCUCCACCGCCUGAACGCAAACACAAAGAGGAAGAGAAACACACUGUAUUUGCGAGCGUUUGUGAGCAUCGCGCAGUGGAGGCGUUGUUUGCCGGUGAUAUUGGGAAUGUUUAUGUCGCGGAUUCAUUGAUUGGUCAUCAUUCAUUCAUCAUUGAUUGAUCCUCCGUAAAGCCGCUGAUGAUGGAGAACGAGCCGGAGCGGAGCAGCGGAGCUCUGCGGGAUCUGCGGCAGCGGCCCGGGAAUCAGAGCUGCGCGGACUGCGGUGCUGCAGGAAAUGGUGGACUGGUUCACUGCGAUCCGGGCAGCUCGCUUUCAUUACCAGAAGGUGGCAUUUCCUGGAGCUAAUGAUGAGGACUUGGUGCCCAGACUUACAAGAAACUUCACAAAGGAGGGUUUCAUGCAGAAAACCGGCCCACGGCACACCGAGGGCUUCAAGAAGAGAUGGUUCACUAUGGACGACCGCAGACUCAUGUACUUCAAAGAUCCACUGGAUGCGUAUGCGCUGGGCGAGGUGUUCAUCGGCAGUAAGGAGAAUCGCUACACAGUCUUGUCUGGUUUGCCGCCUUCGACUCAAGGCUACCACUGGAAAUACGGCAUCACCAUAGAAACGCCAGACAGGAAGUUCCUGUUUGCUUGUGAAACCGAGGCCGAGCAGAAGGACUGGAUCGCAGCCUUUCAGAGGGUCGUAAACCGGCCCAUGAUGCCGCAGGAGUACGCAGUUGAGGCUCAUUUCAAGCACAAGCCUUGACGCGGGCUGUAAACCUGUAAAGGACGAACAGAAAACACAGAUCUGGCCGUCGGAGGACAUGCAAACGGCCGUCUGUGCUUCAUGUAGUGCUCCAGAACUGAACUGAUGUGCUGAUGGUGGCGUCUCCGUCCGUCUCCACAGCUGGAUACUGUACAGAUAUGGCAUGUGAACGUUGUUCAUCGCUCUAAACAUAACAUUUAACCUGUGAACGCCACUAAACGCUUGCAUCUGACUAGUGUUAUUUAUUGGAUUAUCCAAGCCAGUGCUGCUGUGAGGUUUUUAGUGGAUCUUCAGACGCUACGCAAACAUUGACACUGUGCACUGCAGGAAAGUUUCUUGAUUUCAUCUUGUUUUCAGUAGAAAUAUCCUUCUUAAAUCAAGAUAUGUAUACUAGGGAGGAACAAAAUCACUGCUGUGUUUUUUUAAACAUGGUUAAAACCUUAAAACAAGAACAAAGAUCUGUUACUAGCAGCCCAGGCUCAUUAUGGAUAUGUACCCCUGUGUACAUUUCUGGAGAGCGCCAAAUACGUCGCAGAAGCUACAUUUUUUUGUAAUUUUUGAGUCCACUAGAGGCCAUUGUGUAUGCUUUUUCAGAUCUUAAAUUUCUCUCGCCAGUGCCAUUCACGCAUGCUGUUCUUGCGUAAAUCCACCAGAGGCCGCUGUCGACUGACUGACUGACUGACUGAUCCUCCCACCCCUGGAUUUGGGGAUCCUCUGCCAUUCCUCCUUGCAGAUCCUCUCCAGUUCUGUCAGGUUAGAUGGUAAACUUUGGUGGACAGCCAUUUUUAGGUCUUUCUUCAGAUGCUCAAUUAGGUUUAGGUCAGGGCUCUGGUUGGGCCAUUCAAGAACAGUCACAAGAGUUGUUGUGAAGGCACUCCUUUAUUUUAGCUGUUUGCUUAGGGUCAUUGUCUUGUUGGAAGGUAAACCUUCAUCACAGUCUGAGGUCCUGAGCACUCUGGAGAAGGUUUUCGUCCAGGAUAUCUCUGUACUUGGCCUCAUUCAUCUUUCCAUUAAUGUGUUUACAGGUAUUAACUGGUUUAGUUGGUGCCCAAAAUUUAAUUUGCGCCUGCUGUUCUUACAUAAAUCCACCAGAGGCCACUGUCGACUCACUGAUUGACUGACUGAUCCCCCCCCGCUUCCUUCUCUAAACCCAAUCGACUGUGUUUUCAAAAGCAAUCCAGAAAAAGAAAAGCCCUCGCUUUGAUUUUUACCACGUUUUCAGAUCUUACCAUGUCCUCACCCUGUUCUUUACUUGUUUAUAUAUUUUUUUGCCUUUGGUUUUUGUCUUAGCUGCUUUCUGGAACCGUUAUUCACUGUACUCGAAUGCCGUUGUCGUGGUCAACUCCGCUCCAGGUCAUAAGUCCACCGGCGUACACAGUGAGCCACUGGGCAAACUGGUAACAGUGGAAAAGCCGUCCGCAUGGAGGUAAGCGUUGAGCUGGUAGCCGAAAAGGAACAGCGUCAUACCGCCCCAAAGCGUUCGUUUUAAAGAUAAAAUGCAGCCAUACGUAGCUCUGGCUACAUAAUUUGUGCUCUCCAGAAAUGUAUACAGCGGUACGUUUUCAGAAUGAGCCUGUGUUAGUUAAUCGAGUCUGAAAUUAAUAAGAAGAGAUUUAAUGGAUGACAUCUAAUUUGGUUGAUAUUUUCUUGCUUUACUCAAUAUAGUAAUAAAAAAUAUUAUAAUCAAAUUAU